AUGGCUGCUCCCGGUGUGUGUAUGAACAUCUUCAAUGCACGGCUCAGAAAAGAUGGAUGUGGGACCCUCACCAAUCCUGAGAACUUCCUCAACCAAGACUACCAGCAGCUGAAACAGUACUGUCUGAUCCGACGGCUAAGGUACAUAGAUGACAUGUUCCCCCCAGACAAAACCUCCAUUGGUGACAACCUUUUGAGCCCUUCAGACUUGAACCGAGUACAAUGGCUAAGACCGGCGAAAAUUGUCUCUAAUCCAUCUUUUGUUGUUCAUGGGAUCUCCAGAUUUGACUUCAAACAAGGCAUGGUUGGUGAUUGCUGGUUUCUUGCAUCUCUUGGUGCUCUGACAUUCCAGAAACACAUCUUCCAGCAGGUCGUCCAUCUUGAACAAACAUUUGAUGAAGACUACUGUGGGUUGUUCCACUUCAGGUUCUGGAGAUUUGGGAGGUGGGUUGAUGUUGUCAUUGAUGACAAGUUGCCCACAGUCAAUGGCAAUCUAAUCUUCGUUCACUCCAAAGAUCCGACUGAAUUCUGGCCUGCUUUGUUGGAGAAAGCAUAUGCCAAGGUGUGUGGUUCUUAUUCAGACAUGAGGGCUGGAACUCCUGCUGAGGCUCUGGUGGACUUUACUGGUGGCGUUCACAUGAGUUUGGACCUCUCAGAUCCCCCUCCGAACCUGUGGGAUCUGAUGCUCAGAGCUGGAAAAUCCAAAUCACUGAUGGGAUGUACUACUCCUCAGGGGGAGACGUCUGCUAAUACUGUGCAACCAAACGGAUUGGUCCGAGGUCAUGCUUACACUGUUACUGGUGUCACACAGUUGAUGAGCCGAGGGAAAGUGGUGAACCUGGUGCGUUUAUUGAACCCAUGGGGUCAAGGAGAGUGGAACGGAGACUGGAGUGAUCGGUCACCUCUGUGGCAAACAGUGAGUCCUGAAGACCGUGACAUGUACCGUACAGUGGCUAAUAAUGGAGAGUUUUGGAUGCUCAUGGAAGACUUCUGUAAGUUCUACAAUGACUUGGACAUCUGCUGCCUGUGUCCUAGCUUCCUUGAUGGAAGCUCUGCAUGCCACUGGAACACCUCCUACUAUGAGGGCAGAUGGGUUGCAGGAACCACUGCUGGAGGAUGCAUGAAUAACAUGGACAGCUUCUGGACUAAUCCACAGUAUCGAGUGAAGAUUGAAAGCUUACUUGGUGACUGUGCCAAGAGCCAGGGAGGAAAAAACAUGCUGGUGUCUCUCAUGCAAAAACCCGACAAGAGGAACAGACGUCUGGUCCAAAAUCUGCAUAUCGGAUUUUAUGUAUUUGAGGUACAUUAUCGGUUUUUUUUUAACAAGGCGGAAAGGGGGAAAUUUCCAGAGUCUUUCUUCAAGAUGAACAGACCUGUUGCACAAACAAAAACCUACAUGAAUUCCCGUGAGGUGAUGGAGUUCAUGAUGUUGAAGCCGGGCGACUACCUGAUUGUCCCAUCUACUUUUGGACCCAAUGAGACAGCGUCCUUCCUCCUGACCAUCGUUGCCAAGGCAGAGACCCAUGUCCAUGAGAAUUCUGGAGGCCAUAAUCAUGAACAUAAACAUGCUGAAGAGCCCAUGGCAGUUGAAAAUGGAGGGAAUGACGACAAUAAGAAAACCUUGUUCCGGCAGUUCUCUGACAAGUAUGAAGAAGUUGAUGCUGAGCAGCUUCAGAAACUUCUGAAUGAAAACAUCCUGAAAGGAGACCUUAAAGCUGGAGGCUUCAGCGUUGAUGUCUGUCGUAGUAUGGUAGCUCUGAUGGACACCUCAGUUACUGGCAAACUGAACAGUCAAGAAUUUGUUCGUCUGUGGAAGAAGGUGGUCUCCUACAAGGACAUUUUCUUCCGCACUGAUGUAUCAAGAACUGGAACACUGUCACUGAGUGAGCUGAGGAAUGCAAUCAUGGCAAUAGGAAUGAGAGUCAGUGACGACAUGCUCAAUCUGAUGGCUCUGCGCUACGGUGCAUCCACUGGACACAUGACACUGGAGAGCUUCAUCAGUCUGGUCCUGCGCUUUGAAUGCAUGUACAAAAUCUUCAAGCAUCUGUCUGAUGGAACGACAAUGACUCUUCAGGAAACAGAGUGGAUGUACAUUUCAAUGUACACUUAA